CCCGCCCGGUCGAACUGUCCGCGGUACCCACAACAUGUUGCCACUCCGUCGGUCACGUGAACGGGAAGAAACAGGAAAGAAAGUAGGAAGAGAGAUAACAGAGGGGGGGAGGCGAAACAAUAAUAAACAACGGGGAGAUUAGCAGCCCGACAGGAGGAGGCGUCCAGAGGGUUAAACAAAAAAGAAGAAGAUGGAGACAUGUUGAGCCGGGAUCUCCAUCUGUGAUGGGAGGACGCUGGUGGAUGGCGGCGGGAUACGAGACACACGCGUAAAAGAAAUACAGCAUCCGCUGAGGAGGAGGAGAAGACGAUGAAGCUGAACGAACGCAGCGUGGCGCACUACGCCACCUGCGACUCGCCGCCGGACAAGACGGGCUUCCUGUUCAAGAAGGGCGAGCGCAACACGGCGUAUCACCGCCGCUGGUUCGUGCUGAAGGGCAACAUGCUCUUCUACUUUGAGGAGCGCGACGCCCGCGAGCCCGUUGGCGUCAUCGUGCUCGAGGGGUGCACCGUGGAGCUGUGCGAGUCGGCCGAGGAGUUCGCCUUCGCCGUCAAGUUCGACUGCGCCAAGGCCCGAGUGUACAAGAUGGCCGCGGAGAGCCAAGCGGCCAUGGAGUCGUGGGUGAAGGCGCUGUCGCGGGCCAGCUUCGACUACAUGCGGCUGGUGGUGAAGGAGCUGGAGAGGCAGCUGGAGGAGAUCCAGGGGGCCGGGGCUGGAGGCCUGCAGGGCAGGCCCAAGUCCUCCAGGAGCAACCAGGUGGCCCGUUCCAGGUCCGGGGCCUCCACGUCUUCCUUGUCCUCGUCGUCUUCUUCGUCUUCGUCAUCAUCAAGUGCACCUCCCACUGCGGGCCCCUCCCCUGCCCAGAAGGGCCUCCAGGAUGAGGUGCAGCUCCCCUCCGAUAGCUCCAAGGAGAACGGGGUCGCGUGGAGUAAACCGCCCGCCGCCUGGUCCAACGGCUCUGCCGAUGGGGCAUCCUGUGUUGCCUGGGAAGCUUGCACGGACCCUGGGAAUAACCACGGGGCCAGGGCCCCGCCGGUGCCGCCCAGGAGAAGAGGAGCGUCUCUGGAAAGCCCCGUCUCCCCCGGCACCGGCUGCUUCUCCAAACUCCACGACUGGUACGGCAGGGAGGUGGAGGAGCUGAGAACGCAGUGGCUGCAGAGCCAGUGACCUCACGGAGGUGGAUUAUCUCUUCUUUAUUUCCUUCUUUCGCCACUGUUCCAUUCCUUUCUGAUCAUUCUGCAACGUUCCACCCCUCUGAGCCCAACAGACGGGCGGCAAAAGGGGGACUUCUUUGCAAACUGCAGUCUUCAAAUCAAACCGAUUGAUUCCAAAUCUUGUCUGGCACAGGGGAAUCAAUCCGUCUUAAAGAUUCACACUAUCCGUGGUACAAUACAAGACAUUUGGAAACACACAUUAUCCUCUUUGCCACAGUUUCGAGUGUCAUCUGCCUGCAUACAGUGUUUUAAUAUAUUGUAUUAACAGCAUCAGCCCUUUCAGACAGAUUUGGCCCCGACCGGCCUUUGUCGUACAUGCAGUUUGGAAAAAAUACGCUGUUCUGUUGCCAAUGGUCAAGAUUUCUUCUGCCCUUCUUGCUUCCAAAUAUUCAGAAAGUGCGCAAUUGCCUUUUGGGGGUCAGCUUUCCUUUUAAGUGGUAGAAACCUUGAUCCAAAUUGUGUUUUUUCUUCUACUGGAUAAGGUCUGCAUGUGAACUAAGAAUGCCCAAAAAAUUAAAAAAAACAACACAUCACCACAUAUUUAAAUGGAAAAGGCCACGUAAACGUCUCACCCUGGCAACCUUGCGGUUGCUAAGGUCGGCGCAUCCGCUCGGCAGGCGCUGGGGACUGCGGCGGGAGCUGGAUGUCUCGCUCGGAGCGGCACGCUGGUAUUUUUAGCCCCUGUUAGCCGGUGGCCAGAUGAUGCUGUGUCACAAGAGUGACACAGCAUCAUCUGUGGCCCAUCGCUUGUUCUCUUUGGACUGUCGCAUCGCUCGUGAAAAAGGAGGGCGUGUCUGGAGAGCAAAAUUUGGGACUCC